AUGAAAUCAGUCUACCGAAAGAACAAGCAACGGAUUGAGCAACUAGCGCGAAAGCCGUUGCGCGUUAGCGCAUCCGUUUUCUUGCUCCUUGGCAAUCGCUCGGCUGUUCCCCUAACCCAACCCGGGAACGGACCGGAGGGAAGCGCAGCAUGGGGAAUGUCCGCGUCUCGCCGCAAGGCUCAUUUUGAGUUGUGGGUCAUAGGGUGGGCAGCUUUAUCGGCUCAAGGGCCGGGGCACAAGGGUCCUAGUACUAUCCAGGUGCGAAGAACCCCGGAGGUGACUGCAAUGAGCAGAAAUCUCACUCACGGGCCUAAACGACGAGCAAACACUCGAACAGGGGCGCUGAAAUCCUUUCUAUUGGUUCGUGCGCGGCAGCUGCCAAAGAAAGAUGAGACGGGACGGACGGUCAGAGGCCGCAGCGGGACUACCACUUGGGAUGGGAAUGGCUCAGCCCACAUGCAUCAUUUGAUGAAAGCACUCCAAGUCGCCUCCUCGAAGUGGUUUGUCAACCAUAAAGAACGAAGCGAAGCGAAGUGUAUGAACUCCCUCAAAACAAUGCUCCUCGUUGCAAGCAACCUGGGGCUUGCCUUGCCUCAACAUCUAAAUAAAGAAAGGGCGGGCGCCGAAAAAGAAGCAGCCCAGCCUCUUCAAGAAAGCUUUGCUUGCGCCUCGAAAAGCCCUUUAAACCAUAAGAAGCGAGCCACAUGCAGGGAAACUUGCACGUGUGGUUCUGGCCGGGGACCCCGGUAUACUGUACUAAUAUGUGUAGGUCCCCGUAAUUCGAGUGAGAUUGUCAUGGCGCAAAAGCAGAUAUGGUCCGGUAUUCCCUUGUUCCCUGUAUUGGUUAUGUUCUUUAUUUCUUGUCUAGCAGAAACUAAUCGAGCUCCGUUUGAUCUCCCAGAAGCGGAAGCUGAAUCAGUUGCAGGCUAUAAUGUAGAAUAUGCGCGGGAUGCGAUCCUUAAUAGUUCACUGUUGGCGGAAGCCAAUGUCCCUGGGACUCAUUCUGACUGA